AACCUUUUUUUUUUUUUUUUUCAAGGACCUGGCCUGCACUCCAGUCUGCAGCCCAGUCCCUCCGCACGUCCCCUCCCGCAACCAACCGGACAAGUUAGCAUUGGGUCCUCCGGGCCACCGUCCACAGGCCGGGCCCACCCAACGCGAGCUGGAGCAGCGAAGAGCCACUCCCUCGGCUCCCUGCGCUCCCCCGCCCCACUUCCUCCCUCCAGGCCCCGCCCCGUGCCGGUGCGCAUGCGCACGGGCGAACACGUGGCUGCCGCGGAGCCAGGGCAGCAAUGGCGGCGGGUGGCGGCGGAGUUGCCGACCCCCUGUCCCCGGCAGGGGUCCCCUGCGCCUUCUCCCCGCUGAACCAGGCCUACUUCGCCUUGGCGUCUGCCGACGGUCAGUUGCGAGUGUGGGAGACCGCCAACAAUAGGCUGCACCAGGAGUACGUGCCUUCCGCGCACCUCAGCGGUACCUGCACCUGCCUGGCCUGGGCGCCCGCGCGGCUGCAGGCCAAGGAAAGUCCCCAGAGGAAAAAAAGGAAAUCAGAAGCUAUAGGAACGAGUAACCAGAUUGACUUGUUGGCCCUUGGUACAGCAGUUGGUAGUAUUUUAUUAUACAGUACAGUGAAAGGAGAAUUACACAGUAAAUUGAUAAAUGGUGGACAUGACAAUAAGGUCAACUGCAUACAGUGGCAUCAAGAUAAUGGUUGUUUGUAUAGUUGUUCAGAUGAUAAAUAUAUUGUGGAAUGGAAUACACAGACAUGCAAAGUAAAGUGCAAAUGGAAAGGCGACAAUAGCAGUGUCAGCUCCCUGUGUAUCAGCCCAGAUGGAAAGAUGUUGCUUUCAGCUGGCCGAACAAUCAAACUGUGGGUUUUGGAGACCAAAGAAAUCUACAGACACUUCACAGGCCAUGCAACGCCAGUUUCAUCACUUACCUUCACUACUAUCAGACCUCCUAAUGAGAGCCAGCCGUUUGAUGGAAUCACAGGUCUUUAUUUCUUGUCUGGAGCAGUACAUGACCGGUUACUCAACGUCUGGCAGGUCCGGUCAGAAAACAGAGAAAAGAAUGCAGUGAUGUCUUUUACAGUUACAGAUGAACCUGUGUAUAUUGAUUUGACUUUGUCAGAAAAUAAAGAAGAGCCUGUCAAGUUAGCUGUUGUUUGCAGAGAUGGUCAAGUUCAUCUUUUUGAACACAUAUUAAAUGGAUACUGCAAAAAGCCUUUGACUUCAAACUGCACAAUUCAGAUAGCAACACCUGGGAAAGGCAAGAAAUCAACACCAAAACCCAUCCCUAUUCUAGCAGCUGGUUUUUGCUCAGACAAAAUGUCAUUGUUGCUUGUAUAUGGGAAUUGGUUUCAGCCCAUCAUUGAGCGAGUGGCUUUAAGUUCCAAAGAACCUCAUAUGUGUUUAAUAAGAGAUAUUUCAAACUGCUGGGCCCCCAAAGUAGAACCGGCUAUAACAAAGGUGAGAACACCAGUGAUGAAUUCUGAAGCAAAAGUUUUGGUGCCAGGGGUGCCUGGUCAUCAUGCAGCCAUCAAGCCUGCUCCUCCACAAACUGAGGAAGUAGAGAGCAAGAGGAAAUUGGGGGAAAAUGAGGUUAGCAUUGAAGAGCGCCUGGGAGCACUGGAUAUAGAUACAAAGAAAGAAAAGGUUGACCUUCCACAGACAAAUAGCUUUCCAGUUCUUCUCACACAGGGUUUAGAAAGUAAUGAUUUCGAAAUGCUAAAUAAAGUACUUCAAACUAGGAAUUUAAACCUAAUUAAGAGGACUGUAUUAAGGAUGCCCCUGCAUGCUGUUAUUCCAUUGUUACAAGAGCUUACGAAGAGAUUGCAGGGACAUCCUAAUAGUGCUGUGUUAAUGGUUCAGUGGCUCAAAUGUGUGUUAACGGUCCAUGCAUCCUAUCUAUCCACAUUGCCUGAUCUGGUACCCCAGCUGGGAACACUAUACCAAUUAAUGGAAAGCAGAGUAAAAACUUUUCAGAAACUCUCACAUCUUCACGGAAAGCUUAUUCUUCUAAUCACUCAAGUUACAGCAUCAGAAAAAACAAAGGAAAUGACUUGUCCUGCGCAAAAGGCAAAAUUGGUGUAUGAGGAAGAAUCUUCUGAAGAGGAGUCAGAUGAUGAAAUUGCAGAGAAGGACUCUGAUGAUAACUGGGAUGAAGAUGAGGAGGAGAAUGAAAGUGAAAAAGAUGAGGAUGUUGAUGAAGAGAAUGAAGAAGAAGAGGAAGAUGCUGAGGAAAGAGAUGAGGAGAAUGGGGAGGACAGGGAUGUGGCCAGUGAGAAAGAAUUAAAUGGAGAUUCUGACUUAGAUCCUGAAAAUGAAAGUGAAGAAGAAUGAGGAUGGAGAACAAGCUGAUGGAACUCUGUCACUUCUGGCACGCGCCUUCCCCCAUGCUGCCGACUUCUCCUGGGAAGGGUUGUCUCUGGGACAGGCGCCAGGGACUGUUGCACAUAUCCAGAUUCCUCGUGCUGGUCCCCAUGCCGUCUUGCUGUCCUGAGCACCCCAGUCUUCACUGUGUAAAUAAGAGUGUUUCCUUCAAAUGUUAAUAAACUUUACACAGCAAAUAGA